CCUCUCCCGAUCCUCUCUUCUGCCUCUGUGUGGUUUUUUUGCAGGUGUGUCAAUUUUAAUUCUGCCCAGUAGGUGGGACUUGGUGACUUUAGCACCAUUUUUGUGCGUGUGCGUGUGUGUGUGUGUAUGUGUGUGCUUCCUCCCCAUCUUCUAUUGCAAUCCUCAGAAGUCUCUCCGAGAGAGCGAGAGAGCGCCUGAUACUGAGAGCCAGCCUGCAAUCAACAAGGCACUAUGCAUUUCAGACCGCUACUGUAGGGGGAAUUACAGCUUCUCCUAGCCAGCUGCCAGCAUGAUUUCAUCUGCUGGAGGAUUUUUGCAUCUGAUCGUUUGAGUUUUUUUUUUCCUCCCUCUGUCUUUGUUUCCUUCCCCUUCUCCCCCCCCACCCCCCUUUCCUCCUCCUCCUCCUCCUCCUCUUUUUUAGAAGCAGCAGUCGGAGAUGGAUGUCUCUCUUUGCCCUACCAAGUGCAGUUUCUGGAGGGUAUUUUUGCUCUGGAGCAUUUGGGGAGACUAUCUGCUGUCGGUGCUGGCUUGCCCGGCGGAUUGCCUUUGCAGCAAGACAGACAUCAAUUGCAAGAAGCCGGAUGAUGGGAACCUCUUCCCUCUCUUGGAAGGGCAGGAUUCAGGCACCAGCAAUGGGAACACCAGCAUCAACAUCACUGACAUCUCAAGGAACAUCACUUCAAUACACAUAGAGAACUGGAAGAACUUGCAGACGCUGAAUGCUGUAGACAUGGAGCUGUACACGGGACUCCAAAGGCUGACAAUCAGGAACUCAGGACUUCGCAGCAUCCAGCCGCGAGCCUUUGCCAAGAACCCUCAUCUGCGCUACAUAAACCUCUCCGAUAACCGGCUUACCACACUGUCAUGGCAACUCUUCCAGACACUGAGGCUUUCUGAACUGAUACUCAAAAGAAACCUUUUUAACUGCAGCUGUGACAUCCGCUGGAUUCAGCUCUGGCAGGAGAAGGGUGAAGCAAACCUGCAGAAACAGGAGCUGUACUGCAUGAACAUGGAGGCUGCUGUCAUUCCCCUGCAGGAGAUGAACAUCACCCAGUGUGAUCUGCCCGAGAUCAGCGUCAGCCACAUUAACCUGACUGUGCGGGAAGGUGAGAACGCGGUGAUCACCUGCAAUGGCUCAGGCUCGCCGCUGCCAGACGUAGACUGGACGGUUGCAGAUCUGCACUCCAUCACUACUCACCAGACGAACCUCAACUGGACUAACGUUCAUGCCAUCAAUUUGACUCUGGUGAACGUCACCAGUGAGGAUAACGGGUUCCUCCUCACAUGUAUUGCUGAGAACGUGGUGGGAAUGACCAAUGCCAGUGUGCUGCUCACGGUCUACUAUCCGCCACGCAUUCAGAGCCUGGAGGAGCCAGAGCUGCGUCUGGAGCAUUGCAUUGAGUUUGUGGUGCAUGGGAACCCAGCGCCCAGCCUUCACUGGCUACACAAUGGCCAGGUCCUCAGGGAGACUGAGAUCAUCCGCAUGGAGUUCUAUCAGCAGGGUGAAGUGUCUGAGGGCUGUCUACUCUUCAACAAGCCCACUCACUACAACAAUGGCAACUACACCCUCGUGGCCACCAACCCGCUGGGGACAGCCAACCAGACCAUCAAAGGGCACUUCCUCGAGAAGCCCUUUCCAGAGAGUACGGAUAACUUUGUCUCAAUUGGUGACUAUGAAGUGAGCCCCACCCCACCUAUCACCGUGACCCACAAACCAGAGGAGGAUACAUUUGGGGUAUCCAUAGCAGUUGGGCUUGCAGCUUUCGCCUGUGUCCUCUUGGUGGUGCUCUUUAUUAUGAUCAACAAGUAUGGUCGACGGUCCAAGUUUGGGAUGAAAGGUCCCGUGGCAGUGAUCAGCGGGGAGGAGGAUUCUGCCAGCCCCCUCCAUCAUAUCAACCAUGGCAUCACCACACCCUCGUCGCUGGAUGCUGGCCCGGACACGGUGGUGAUCGGCAUGACCCGUAUCCCCGUCAUCGAGAACCCCCAGUACUUCAGGCAAGGCCACAACUGCCACAAGCCAGACACAUAUGUUCAGCAUAUUAAGAGGAGAGACAUCGUUCUGAAGAGGGAACUGGGAGAAGGUGCUUUCGGGAAGGUGUUCUUGGCCGAGUGCUACAACCUUAGCCCCACCAAGGACAAGAUGCUGGUGGCAGUGAAGGCUCUGAAAGACCCCACUUUGGCAGCUCGCAAGGAUUUCCAGAGGGAGGCAGAGCUGCUCACCAACCUGCAGCAUGAGCACAUUGUCAAGUUCUAUGGGGUCUGCGGUGACGGGGACCCUCUCAUCAUGGUCUUUGAAUACAUGAAGCAUGGGGACCUGAAUAAGUUCCUGAGGGCGCACGGCCCAGAUGCUAUGAUCCUGGUGGACGGGCAGCCUCGACAGGCCAAGGGGGAGCUGGGGCUGUCCCAGAUGCUGCACAUUGCCAGCCAGAUUGCCUCUGGAAUGGUGUACCUUGCUUCCCAGCACUUCGUCCACAGAGACCUAGCAACCAGGAACUGCUUGGUUGGAGCCAACCUGCUGGUGAAGAUUGGCGACUUUGGGAUGUCAAGAGAUGUCUACAGCACUGAUUACUACAGGGAAGGGCCGCAUCCGAAGGGCCAAUGCAGCGCAGCGUGGCAGCGGCAGAGACUAGCACGACCAGCAGCUAAAACAGGGGCCUCUAUCUUAUUCACUACACACCAUACAACAUCUGCAGUGAAAGAGGAAAGGAUGCUAUGGAUACCACCUUCAUUCAUGACACACCAUACAAUAUCCGCGGUGAAUGAGGUUGGAGGACACACCAUGCUGCCCAUCCGCUGGAUGCCCCCUGAGAGCAUCAUGUACCGGAAGUUCACAACAGAGAGUGACGUGUGGAGCUUUGGGGUGAUCCUCUGGGAGAUCUUCACAUAUGGGAAGCAGCCCUGGUUCCAGCUCUCAAACACAGAGGUCAUCGAGUGCAUCACCCAAGGCCGAGUCUUGGAGAGGCCUCGAGUUUGUCCCAAGGAGGUUUAUGACAUCAUGUUGGGCUGCUGGCAGAGGGAACCUCAGCAGCGGCUCAACAUCAAGGAAAUCUACAAGAUCCUUCAUGCUCUUGGCAAGGCCACACCAAUCUACCUGGACAUCCUUGGCUAGCAGUGGCCACUUGUCAAAAGUUCCUGCUCCUUCCUUCCUCCACCCUCCCCACCUCCUCUUCUCCCCGACCCUUUCAGCCCCCAAGCAAACAUCUUCAUAUAAACUCAAGUGCCUGCUACACAUACAACACUGAAAAACAAAACAAAACAAAACAAAAAAAACAACCUGUAAGGCAGUUUGGCUUAUAUAUAUUUAUAGAUAUAUAGAUAUAGAUAUAUAUACCUUCCACACCAAUACAGAAAGAAGCUGCUGUUACAGAAACUAUAAGACUUUACAAAACAAAACAAAAAAGAAGAGAAGAAACGUAAAGUACUUAAACAAAAAAAAGGAGGAAUCUUUUCCCCCAAGCUGUGGAGCAGUGAAACAUGACCCUGCUGUGCUUUGUCCGCUCGUGCCGAGCUCAAGACUCUUGCUAGCGCAGAGAAAAGCUCUGGGAGGAGGCCCUGCCCCGUUUGUAAGAUAUGCACUGAAUGUGUGACUCAGUUCCCUCCCCCGCCCCGGGCGUUCGGGCGCUGAGCCAGGGCAGUGCCCCUGGAGGAACUUGCAAUUCCGCCCGCCCAGCUCCACCCUUUUCCUCCUUUUGACAUUGCAGGACAAUUUUUCUAAUUUGCCAAUUCUUAAAUGUAGAGACUCAAGGCUUUCGGAACAUACAGUAAAGGAUCGCGGCACCUACGGGUAAACCACACACGAGAAACAGCCACCCUCCCACAGAACACAGACAAGAGGAACUGAACCUUUCUAUUGCCCAGCGCCAACCCUUUGUCAGAUUCUGGGGAUCAGUGCCGGGGACCAGAGCAGCUGCCUGGGAGAGCCAUACAGAGAGCAGAGUUGGGGGGGGGCCUGUGCCAUUCUAAGGAUGCUUUGACCGCACUUCGGCAUGGGGGACAGGCACCCAGCCCAUGCAUCGCCCCCAAAUAGGGGGCGGUUUUGAAAGCAAAACCCUCCGCCCUGCUUCUUUUGCCAGGGGACACAAUAGAGAUGUGAGGAGAGCCCCCGCCAUACAGAUGGGCCAAAUUCAUCCCUGGCGCAACGGCGCUGAAAUCAGGGCUUUCCCCCAGGGUGUGUUCAAAGGCUGUAGUUUGUCAUCUGGCUGGGGACUGACUGGCACUGCCACAGGGGUGCUCUUCAGGGUUAGUAUGCCAUGCUGCCCCUCCUCUCUUUCCCCCGCCCCCACCAUCCACCCCCCUCUCCCUUCAUCCAGUACCUGCCAAAGGGGUGGGGGGUGCAGGGGAAACGAAGGGGUCUGGGAGAUGGCUGGGAACCUAUCAGCACCUGCCCAGGCCCUGUUGACAUUCCCCUCACGUCUCCAGGCCCUGAAAGGAUUGAUGCAUCUGCCUUUGAGCUGCUGUGAAAAUGCAGAGGCUGAAGAAUAGCUCCACUGGCAGCCUGGGGAGCUGGGGGAGGGGAAGGUGGUUCCUUCCCGAGGAGACAGCUCAGCAAAUGGCCACUGAGGCCAGCCUUGCAUGUCAAUGAGGACAAAGGCCUGGCCAAGGGGACAGGGACAGCCAGGGGAGGGGGAGAGAAGCAGGCCCUGUCCCAGGCCCCCAUCAAUAAAAGGAAUCAACCUCCUGGCGAAAGGCUUCCUCAGAGACGGACUCCUGCUCGAAGCAGGCCUGGGAAACAAACGUUUCUGGUUCGUUUCUCCUGCAGCUAAUGGAGGACGAGGGGAGAAUGUGCCGCUUGGCAGCUCUAGCCAGGAGGAGCCUGGAGCACGGGAGCCACUGUCAAGGCGGAAUCUGAAAGGUGACCGCUGCAGACCCAGAAAUAGCUUGUUGGGAUGUGGCCCUUGUCAUGGAAGGAAUGGGGGGAUCUUCUCUCCUCCCCUCUCCCCCAGCAUCCCUGGUCCAGAGCAAUCAACAGAGCAGGCUACAUUCGAGAAAGGAUCCUUCUGUCCAGCUGGCGACGUAGUUGUGGCGUGCUGCACAGAGGACACCCCCAUCCCCUCCCCCCUACCAUCACCCCAUUUAUCUGGAGCUGUCUUGGCUUAAAUCAGAGGAGGGGGCCCUGGUACAGGGAGGGGAAGUAAGCAGAUCCAGGGGAAGGCCUCUCUGGUGCUAGUGGAGUGGAGUCUGCAGGGGCGAAGGCUGCUGGAGAGGGAUGGGUGCAGUGGCUUAUUUGGCUGAGGCGGUGCUUGCUGUAAUAAAGGCAUUGGCGAGGGGAGUGGAGACAAAAUGUGACUCUUCGGCCUGCCUUACAAAAACCAGGAUCUGUCAGUGCUCGGCGGUAACGGCCAAGGCCAGUGCAGCAGACUCGGGAGUCGGGGCAGCGUGCGGGGCUGUUGGCGUUACAAUGCUGCGUGAUUGUUUACGGGUCACUUUGGAUAACAGAACUGAGCUGUUGGCAGGAGGACAGGCAGGGAAGGGGUGUUAAUGGCCCCAGAGAUCAUAGAGAAACCACAGUCUGGUGCACCACUCCCCCCACACUCUGCAUGGCUUUGUUCUCCUGGGGCAGCUGGACAAUGGGAGCUGGCUUUGGUGAGGGGGCCAUCCAGUCUCUCCCCUCCCCCUCCGCCCAUUUAACUAACCCUUCAAACCCCUUCCCCCAGUCAUAGCACUCAUAGACCCCCCAAUUCCAUGUUAAAUUCAGGAGCAUCCCACCAUGCAGCUCUGCUGCAAACCAGGGAUUUCCCCUCCCCCGUCCCAUGAGUGGUGAAUUCCCCAAGCCAGCUCUGUGUGUGGGCACCUGAGCAAGGUGAGGGCAGGAGCAAGGAAAGACAUCAGGCCUGAAUGCAGCAUGGUUAUUAAUAACUGGUCUAAUGAAAGGAGAGGAUGUUGUCCCCUGAAAGCUGUUAAGCUCCCGACACUGAGAUUCAGGCUGUCAGAUGCCCUAUUCUUAGCCCCACCAAAUGCAAUUAUGGCAUUGGGGAAAGGUUCUCUUGUCAAAGCUUGUUUUGAGCAGCUGCUCAGUAAAAAAGCAAAGCAGGGUUGAUACCAUGGAAUGGAGUCAUGAUUCCCCUGCUGCCGCUGCUUUGGGCCUGUGGGUGUCUGGUUUUGCUUUUGUUUGUUUUGUUUCUGUACGGGUGAGAGGAAAUAGUUGCAGACAUGCUGCGGGAGUUGGGAAGGACGCUGGGCCAAGUUAUAGGGGAACAUACCAGGAGUCUCCUGAAUUUGCCGGAAUUAAUACGGAGCCCCUUUAGUCUGCAUGGGUAGGUCUUUCACCCACCACAGGAUCAGACGUUCCUGAUGGCUGUGAAGCCUGUGUGGUCCCAAUAUGUCAAAGCGCAGGAUUUGGGGAAACUCAUGCAGUGUGCCUCAAAGCAAAGAUCUACUCUAGAAUGUGGGUGCCUUUGUGGACAAGGGAGGCACAAGUGACUCCAACAUUGUGCAGAUCCUCCAUUCACUCCCCCUAUGAAGAGGGUUAGCUAUUGCUCUGCUGCCAGGAACGCCAGAGCUCUCCCCCAGCCUGGUUACUCGUGUCAUGCCCCAAGGACAGCAGUUGGCUCUGGUUUAGGCUUAUUUCAAUUCCCGUCCCCACAUCCCCGUACCAGGGCAUUCCCAUUACUCCCCUCCGUUCAUUGAGCUGGUCCCGAAUGCCUUGUGAAAGGGGAGGUGGGCCAGACCCAAGGGAGGUCCUGGACCUUAGCUGAGAACAGGAUGUUGCCCUUCCUUGCACUGGCAGUGGGGCACUUUUACUUAGGGAAAAGAUUAACCCAGGCAAAUCCCUUCAAGGGUUUCACCUAGAUGGAAACCUGCUGGGUAUGAGGGCACUGGAGCUGUGCUGUGGUUGGCCCUGGGUUGUGGUCUCAGUGACCUCAUGUUUUUUCCGCUCAUAUCUUCUGUGAUUUCCCAUUUCUAACAUUUAGGUGAAGCAGAUACUUCUUGAGGGUGGGCCAUCGAGCGCUCAACCCCAGCUCUUGAAGUCAGCCUCCUAUUUUGCAUGCCUGUAUUGUUGCUCACACAGCUUUCUACACUCCAGUUUUUGCACACACCACCAGACUUGGAUGGUCAUUAUGUGCGUUAUAUGUGCAAACCUGAUCACCUGGCACAUGCAUGUGAGUUCAAGGUUUUGAAUUUGCAUGAAGUUGGGUGUGAAAAAUGGCAUGCACAAACUUCAGUGUGGAGGAAUAUAUGUGCAAAAGCAAGUGUGAAAAUGUUGGGGUUCCAUUAUAGAGGCUGCUUUUGAAAAUGUGAUCCUCAAAGCUCAGCCAACUGCCUCUCUCCUGUAGUGGGUAGAAUAAGCUGUCUCAGACAGCGCUUGGAAAAGGCCUCGUAAGGAAGGGGACAGUUUUACAAGUCCAGUGCACUACUUGGGUUAAGUAAACCAUAGUUGUAUUGGGAAGGGCUAGUGUUAUAUUAAAUCCCAAGUGGUGGUGAUGGUAGAAACUGAAAUAAGCAAAAAAUAAAUUGUGUGACUGGGACUACAGGAAAAUGAGGCUAUAAUUCUGGGCAAACAUUGGCAAAAAAGCAAAAGCAAAGGUCACCAGCCGGCAGGGGUCUGAAUUGUGCUGUGUUGUGAGCUUUUCUGGUCUGAAAUACAAGCAGUACAAGGCCUGAGCAAUAUUAAACCUUUCACGGACAAAGGCAGGGAAAUCCAAAGCUAAGGCUGCUGUUUUCUCUUCUGAAGAAAGGCUUUUACCUGUCAGGACCCAAGUGCAUUUGCUGCCUAAUGUACUAGCGAUAUCAGCAACUGUAACUGCAGAAACACAGAACCCGGGUCUCGGCAGGUAAGUGAAGAAGGAAUUGAUUUAAGCGCUGUGGUUCGUUGGGUGUAUUUAUUUGUCAUUGGUGAAUCUCAUCUAAAGUGUGUUCUGUUCAGAGCUGGGGUCUUAGGCAGUUUUAUUACAGUUGCGUAUUUAUUUUUAUAACGAGGCAGUUCACUUCCGGCACCCAAUGGUGACUCUCAUUUUACAGGCUGUGAGUGAAAAAUGUUGCAUUCAAGGCUAGUAGCCAAAUGUACUGACAGAGAAGGCCCUCCUUGCUCUCUGCAGGUGACUUUUACACCUCAGGGUGGCCCAGUACAGGGCUUCCCCCUCCUCUGGGGCAGCUGUACCAGUUUACUAGACUAAGACUGUGGCCCAUGCCCAGUGCCUUCCUGUACAGUUACAUAUGUUCACCUCUCCUGGGGCUUAGCACCUGAAGCUCAGUUGCACAUCACUAAAUGGGAAGCUGGCAGUGGUGCCAUGCUGAGGCCUAGCCUACAGAAACCUGACUGAGAAUGCGAGGGAGAGCCUAGAGUAUCUGUCAUAUGAGGACGUGCCAGUUUCGGGGCAGGGAAGAACCAGUUGUUGAGAAGACAGACACACCCACCAGAAAGAAUAGCUUGCCCCCUUGGCUUUCCAUUCAUCAGGACUUUGUUUAAGACUUUAGUAUUUUUUGUACAAAGAGGGGGAGGAUUUAAUCUCUGACAGGAUAUUUAGCACUUGGGUCAUUCACCUUGCAUGGGCCAGGUCUUGGCUGGGAAGCAGUCCCUCCUGUUUACCAGGAAGAGCCUGGGUUCUGUUCUAUGCUGUUUAGUUGCUCCCCUGCAAUGGCUCCUCUCUGCUUUUGAGACACCUACUCACGUUUCUCUACAUGUGGAUUUUCACAUGCAGAGGGAGCUGACGGGGCGGGGCGGUUGGCCGGUGAUCGGGUCUGAUGGCGCCAUACAAUUGUGCCCUGCGCAUUGUGGGAAGACAGGACGCCCAUGCCAAGAAAAGCACUAGGCAGGUACAUGCUUUGGAUCGGUGCAAAGGCACAUCCCCAAACGCUCUGCUGUGCUACUGUGUCCUUUUAAAGGAACAGGAUGAACCUGCACCUUUGGGAUGAGUAUGCUGUCGGUUUGCAAAGGAGAAGAAAUUGCAGGGGGAGCAUGUCACUUUGUGCCCAAUUAGCAUAAUGGUUAAGUGGAAAAACUUGCUUAGCUCUUCUCCAGAAUCACUGCUAGAAACCAUGCUCCUGGCUGGGACCUUGCAGGUCCUGUGUCUAGCCGAGUGAAUGUGUUUGAAGACAUCCUCCUCCCCCGAGUGGGAGACUAUAGUGUCGCAAAUGGCACAGGCGUAUGUAGUCUCUGCUCCCAGUGGGAUGCAGACGUAACAGUGCAUCCUUCAGUCACUUUCAUGCCCCUUGUUCCUUGUCUGUACAACAUGAGGCAGUGGAACAGGUUCCCAACCAAAGUGGUGGAAGUCUCAUUGCUUGCGACUUUUAAAACUAUGCUAGAAAAUUGUGGGGAACAAUCUUGCUUUGGACCCCAGGAGACAGGCUAAGUGAUCUUAUAGGUCAUUUUCAUCUCUAGCUUCUGUGGUUUCCCACUAGCCACAAUUUCGCAAGGCUUCUUUACAGCCUCUGUCUUCUUCUAAAACAACCAGCUAUAACAGUCCUCAAAGGAAAUGGAUGAUUAUCACAUAACUCCCAUUGACACUCAGGGAUCCCCUAUGGGAACUGAUCUCCCAGACAAAAAAAGUGACUGAUUCUAAAACCUGAAGCCCAGAGUUCAGCAGCUGUUCUGAAGAGGUGUUUAGCUGCAGAACUACUGGCUUCUUAAGACAAGAGCCCAGCAGGAGAUGACUGAAAUGGCUCUGUGAAGGAAAUCAUAGCAUUGGGAGGUCUGAAAUUUUUUUUCUUUUGCGCACGCUGGCUCUCUGUUGGUUUCCAACCUCCCAGAUCUUUGCUGCUUGAUAUUUAGAUAAGUGAAGUUGCUGCAUUCGCUUCCUUCAGAAAAAAUAGGACUGGCACAAGCCCUGUGAUUUGGCUGGUGUAGGUGCGAUAAGAUUCCCUCAAACCCAACCCCCCGCCACUCCACACACACACUUUUCCUUUCUGUCCUUGUAGUUCUCUGGGAGUGACAAACAGACUUUGUCAACUGAGCGAAAGUCUUAAUGUGAGGUGAAUCUGAAGACCACAGUUUGGACUUCAAACAGUGAGAAAAUUGGCGCUGAAUGAUUCCGCACACAAAGCAGAAAACUUUCAUUUCCUGCAGGCAGGAUGGAAUUGACUGUUAUAUUAAGACUUCAGAAGGAGCACUGCCCUGGAGUAAUUUCACUGCUGUCAGGCAAUGUUGACAUCUAGAUUAACCUCUGUGCAGUGAAUUUUACAGCAAAGCUCAUUGUGAUGCGUGUGGGAUAUCUCCUGUAAAUCCCAGCUGAAACCAAGGGUGUCCCACCCCCCUCUAUGAGAAGAAGGGGAAGAGCCUGGCAAGCUACUGUGGUUUUUUUACCUCAGCAGAACGCGGCUCUGACCUCAUCCAGGCCAUUCCUGCUGAGACAGGUUUUCUGUUCUGCUAAAGUGACAGGAGUUUUAGCCCAUAUUUUUUUUUAAUCCCCCCAAGGUAUUUAAAUCAGGGGGAUGAAAGGCUCUUUGCUAUUGACAAACAGGUCCUGCCAUGUAUCCACAAGCAGACAGUCAUAGUUAAAAGGAACUGGUUAACCAGUGGCUGUUAGCGUCUCUCUCUGAUUAACUCCAAACGAGGGCACUGAUCAGACCCGAUACGGUGAGCCAUGCCGCUCACUCUCACAGCUGCUGCCAACCGGCUGCAUCUAGUGUUAACCAGCCAACCCAGAGGCUAACUAUUUAAACUGUGAGCACUAGACAAAAGAUGCAUGAAUUAAAGGAGUUCACAUAGUUCAUUCUGCAGAAGUCAAAGGCCAUUGCAAGAGAAGUCUCCAAACUCCUUAUUUCUUUGCUCUGGCUGUUAAAUCCAAACUGCAAGGUAGGAGCAAGUACCCUUGGUAUUUUCUUUAAGAGUAGCUUCAGCAGCAAAAGUUUCCAGGGCUGAGAGGUACAGAAGCGGAACUGCCUUCUCCUCCCUUGUGUGCUAGAGACCAUGCUCUCAACAGGCAUUAGUAGGUACCCAGUGAAGUCACCUAGUUCUUUUGAUUACCUCUGUGUAGACAAGCACUGUCAGCUGGAAAAUGUUAGGACUUGAGGGUGUAUCUUGCAUUCUAGCUAUUCUUUAUGCCUUGUUCUUGUUCAUCUCCAAACUCAUAUAUGUCUAUAACCAAUAGCAAAAAUUCUAGGCAAAAAGGACAAAAUGUCAGGCUCUCAGUGGCAAACCCCUAAGGCAAAAUCUCCAUCAUAUUUCUAGAAAUUCCUUUCAUGAAAAAAUGUUUGUUAAAGAAGUUUAUUGUUUGUGAAGUGCUCUAAGAUCCCUGGAUAGAAGUGACUAUAGAGUCAAGAGCUUCAUUUUCAGAGGUAGUGCAUGCAUCAUUAAAAAAGGGAUUGAUGAUAAGACAGAAAAUAUCAUAUUGCCUCUAUAUAAAUCCAUGGUAC